CUCUCCGAAUGCGGGCGCAUGUCAAUCACCGUGCUCUCAUGUGAUGGCUUUUGCCGGUGACGUGCCAGCCAUAUGGGCGCUGGCAUCACAGCCUUAGCUGGUAUCCACAAUGUUGACGAGGCUUUUCAGUGACCCCUCACUGCUUCCCGACGUGCAGAAAUACUCCGGCUGGGCGGACAGCGACGACGAGCAAUCCAAGAUCAAAGAUGAGGACCAGGACACCCAGGACGAAAUGGAAGGAUCUGAUAUGAGAGGAGACAGCCGGACGCAGUCCGAGCACGCCGGUGAAGACGACGAGGACGACGGGGUGGAGGAAGAGGACGACGGAGAGGAUACAGAGGGGGAUAGGCCCAAGAAAAGGGGCCCCAAGAAGCGCAAAAUGACCCAGGCCCGGAUCGAGCGCUCCAGGAUGCGGCGGGUGAAGGCCAACGCACGGGAGCGGACCCGCAUGCAUGACCUGAACUCUGCGCUGGACAAUCUGCGUAAAGUGGUGCCCUGCUACUCCAAAACGCAAAAACUGUCCAAAAUCGAGACUCUGCGAUUGGCCAAAAACUAUAUCUGGGCCCUGUCGGAGAUAUUGCGCUCUGGAAAAAGGCCCGACGUUGUGUCCUAUGUCCAGACGCUGUGUAAGGGACUCUCCCAGCCCACGACCAACCUGGUGGCGGGAUGCCUGCAGCUAAACUCCCGUAACUUCCUAACGGAACAGCAGUGUCAGGACGGGGGGAGGUACGGGUCCAGCUCAUUCUCCAUGCAUUCCUACCCCUACCAGUGUGCGCGUCUCUCCAGCCCCCACUGCCAGCCAGGCUCGAACUCGCUUCCACUGAGGACACACAGCUACUGCUCGGCUUACGACUCUCUGUAUGGUGGGAGCGGAUCCCCGGAGUAUAACAGCCCCGAGUAUGAGGGGCCUCUCAGCCCGCCUCUGUGCAUCAAUGGCAAUUUUUCCCUGAAGCACCAAGGCUCUGCCUCCCCCGAAAACGAGAAGGGGUACCACUACUCUAUGCAUUACUCCGGCCUCCCUGGCUCAAGACCCACCGGGUCCCACAACCUGGUGUUUGGCUCCUCGGGAGCCCGGAGCGGCAUUCACUCUGAAAACGUCCUGCCUUACCACGACAUGCACUUACACCACGAACGAGCCCCUGUGUAUGAUGAACUGAACGCGUUUUUUCACAAUUAA